AUGGGUACGAUAGCCCUUCUCUUGCUCGCCGUGCUUUCCUCGCCAAUUUCCUCCAUAAUUUCGCCGAUUGCGCAAAAAGAGGAAGCGAGUUCUCUUUAUUGUUUCGUGAAACCCCCACCGAAAACCGUUUUCAAUCCGCGCCUAUUGGAGAAUAUCACGUGCACUCACUUCGUAUUUGGCGAGUUUUCUAUUGACAAUGCGAAAGGAACCCCAAAAUUCACCAAUUUUGAUUUGAUUUACGCUGGAAGCGAUGGAAAUAUUAGGAAUUUCCUCAGACUCCGCCAAAAACAUCCGAAAUCGAAAUUCCUUCUUGGCGUUCGACGAAGUGCUCCAUUCACGGACUCAAUUCAAGCAAAACACGUUGCACGAGGUGCAAAGAGAGCCGCUGUUGAAAGAAAUUUUGAUGGAAUCUUUUUCGAGUUCAAUGGAUAUCAUUUGGAGACUUCGUCGUCAGCCGUUUUCAUUAAGGAAAUUUCAAUGGGAAAUGGAACCAUGAAUACGAUUGGUAUUUCGGCUCGUCGAGUUUGGCAAAGAGAUUCGGUGGAGAGAAUCCGGCAAACAAUCAAUUAUGUUGAAAACGUCUAUGUUGAUAUGUCGACACUUCCGUCGAAUGAAGAUCCGCUGAUCAUCACUCAUAUUGAUCCAUUGUGGGCGAACGGAACUGUCGUUUAUGAGGACACAAUUCAAGGCACCGUUGAUAAAUUAUCUGAGAAUGGAGUGAUGCCAAAUAAGGUUGUUGUCGGUUUCACUGCUGGAGGUUGGAUGUUCGAAGUGCCAAAUGUUUUGAGAAUCAAUCACGGCGAUUUUGCGACGUCUGAAGGAAAGCGAAUUCCAUAUCAAGACACUUGCAAAACUCGAGGUACCAUUGUAUUUGAUAAUCAAACUCUGGACGAAGUGACACUUUAUCGUAACACAUGGGUAUCGGCAAAUGUGCCAACUCGACAAGGUCUCGGCAAGAAAAUGGGAUGGGUGUUGUCGGAGAAAUUCGCUGGAAUUGGAAUUUCCAACAUUUUCGAUGAUGAUCCGCAUUCGAAAUGUGGUGCCGAUCCACUUCCGCUUCACAAUUUCGCGAUGAGAAUGAUUCGCGAUGUGAUUCCAUCUUCGCCAGCGAAAUGCACAAGAAUUUGCUAUUUGGAAACAUCGAGAAUCGACAAAUCAUUCCCAUUCGAUUCGCUGAAAUCGGAAUUCUGCUCACACAUUGUUAUCGAUUAUUUCGACAUUGAUGUUCAAGAUGUUUCAAUGGUCCGUGAAGGAGCCGAUCUUCUCAUUGCCAGAAUUGACAAGUGGAGAUUGAAGAUCGGAGAAGUCGCGCCAAGACUGAUUCUUUCUAUUGGAGGACAUCAGCAAACAACGACAUGGUCGUUGCUACUUGCCGAUGAUGUGAAACGAAAUGAACUGGCUAAAGAUAUUCUCAUGAAAGUUGACGAAUUGAAUGCCGAUGGAGUGGAAAUCUCGUGGACUUUGGAAUCGAUGAACAAUGAAUUCGAUAAAAAUAAUUUGAAUAGUUUCAUUACCGAUAUUAACACAUUGUCGAAGAAAAAUCCAGUGGAAGUUGUUGUCGCUGCAUCGGCAGCAAGCACCUACUCAAAUUGGUACGACGUCGAAUUCCUUAACAAAACCGUCGAUCUUGUCGUCCUUCAAACGCAUAGACUUCAUAGCAAUCGUAGUCCAUUCACUGGACAUCCAUCACCGCUUCGUGCCACUUCUUCGAUGAACGAUCAAAAAAUGAGUUGGGAGGAAAUGGUGAAGUAUUGGACGAAAUUUGGAAUGGCCAGGAAACGAAUCGCUGUUGCAUUGAGCGCUGCCGCAAUUUCGAUGACAUCUCUUGCCGAUCAAAAGAGCUUCGGACAAACUGGUCCGUUCGGACAAGCUGCAUUCGUUUCAGCAUUUCGAGCCGAGAAUUUGGAUAUUCGCACACAGCAGGAGAUUUGCGAAUCGAUCAAAAUGGAAUCAGCCAAUCCUGAAUGGGUUCCAAUUGCUGAAGUUCCAUACCUCAUGCGAAAUGGUCAAUUCGUCGCCUAUGAAAACGUGAGAUCUGCCCAUAUCAAAGCGGUUUGGGCAUCGAUGCAAGGAAUUGGAAUCACUGUGCAUGACGUCGACGCCGAUGAUCCGCAUGGAAUCUGUGAUAACCGCACCGCCUUCCCGCUUCUUUCGCAAAUAUCGAGAGUUCAAGUGUGCCCGAGAUGCGUCAAGCAUCACGAUUUCCGAAAAUGCUCCCACAAAUUCAAAGUCUCUUGCAGUUUCGAUUUGAAGAAAUCAGUUCCAUUGUUCAAAACGGAGAUUGUCCCAUAUGAAAGAUGUACAGAAGUUGUAGUUGAGCAAGCAAAACUCAGCAAUUCCGGUCGAAUUCACUUCCACGAUCCUUCUGAGGAGGAAAACCUCAAAUGUUUGGCGAAAAUGCGCAAGAAAAUGGUCAAAUGCGGAAUGAUUUUAUCAUUGUCUUGUGGAACAUCGGAACGCCAAUUUACGAAUCUGCUCAUCGAUAAUAUGACGCAUACAAUUGAUAAUAUUAUGGAGGCUAUGAAAAAAUAUGAAUUAUCGGGAAUUCAGCUUGAUUGCGAGAAUGUAAUUAAACGCAAUAAUAAUAUUCAAUUCAACAGUUUUGUUCGAAAUCUUCGAGCAAAGCUCGAUGAGCAUUUGGCUGCGAACAAGUGCCGAAGAACAUUAUCGAUCAGAUUCUCACCGCAUACCUCGACUCCAAAUCAAUAUUAUCAAAUUUCGCUUCUCAACAAACUUGAUCAUGUCUCGAUCGCUGUCUCCGAUCAUCAUCACACUGAUAGGCCAUUCUUCUACAAUAACACAGAAGAAGAAAACUACGAGACAACAUUGUUGACUUGGCUGCAAUCGGGAGUGAAGCCUGAAAAGAUGAUUCUGGAAAUCUCGCCGUUUGGAAUUAGAAGCGACGGUGGAAAGAAGCACACUAUGUCGCAAGGAAAUGUUUGCGAAACGGCUGGAAAUCGUGCGCAUUUCGUUGAAAACUAUGAAACGUUGACAGCUUAUCAUAAGCAUUCGACAGGCGUGUUAUCGAUUCCAACAAUCAACACCGUGAAAUACAAGAUGGGAUUCGCAAUUCGCGAAAAUCUUGGCGGAAUUUCAUUCCGUUCCGUUAAUGGAGACGAUUAUACCGGAAUCUGCGGCCGCGGAUCAUUCCCGAUUCUCAAAUCAUUGUAUUCUUCAAACACGUGCCAUUAA